CCGUAGAAUACGGUAUACACGAUAUCCAGCGAUCCAGUGCAGUUGGUCUUUUUAGUUUUAUAUAAUUCUUCUUGUUCGAACUCACAUUGAACGGAUAUUAAUUUCUCGAUCCAAUUAAUCAUACUUGUUACAGGAUGAAGUUUUUUGUGGUUCUUUUAUUAUGCGUGGCAGCGGCUUCUGCCCAAAAGGGCAAAGCCAAGGCAAAGUCCUCCAGUGUAGCCGCUGGCAAAUUCGUCUGGGAUCUCCUGAAGCCUGCCCUGAAUGCUGCCGAAGUGCAGGCUCUUCUGGCGCAGAAAGGCGAAUCCCAGUGGCCGACACUGGACCAGCUGCCCGCUGAUCUCAGCUUUGAUUGUGCGUCCAAGAAGCAGCCGGGUUUCUAUGCCGAUCAGAAGUACCAGUGUCAAGUUUUCCACCGAUGUGAUGUCAAUGGCAACUUGACAAGUUAUCUGUGCGUUAACACCACCGUGUUCAAUCAAAUCACGCUGGUGUGCGAUUACUGGUUCAACGUGGAGUGCAGCCGAGCCAGUGAAUUCGAAGACUUUGCUAACUCCCGCUUGUACACUGACCAGCCCCUCUUCGACUCUCCCCCCGAUGACUAUGUGGCCCCGCAAUCUGCCGGCAACGCUGCCGCCGCUGCGUCCGUCAGCAAGAAUCUCCCAUCCCCCAGCAAGCCCGCUGUCAAGCCAGUUGCCAAACCCUCCCAGCCGACCCCCAGUAAACCCGCUGCGCAGAAACCGGCCGGUAGUGGUGGUAUUAAAGUCGGCGGAUCCGCUUCCGUCUCCGCCCAGAGCCGACAGGACGAGGAGAACAGCGCCUCAGCCAACGCUAACGCCGCCGCUUCCAAUGUAGAGGUCACCAGUGCGGCGCCCGCGGAAGAGACGACCGCGACGGCUGCCGAGGAAACCACCGCCGCUGCGGAAGCGACAACCGCCGCCGCUGCUGAGGAGACCAGCGCGGCUGCCGAAGCGACAACCGCCGCGGCUGCCGAGGAGACGUCCGCGGCUGCGGAAGCGACGACUGCCGCGGCUGCUGAGGAAACCAGCGCGGCUGCUGCUGCUGCUGAGGAGACGUCCGCGGCUGCUGAAGCGACAACCGCCGCGGCUGCCGGUGGUGAAGAGACAACGGCAGCAGCUGAAGAUACCACGGCGGCAGCGGCUGCUUAAACUGACCAUCCGACGUUAAUAUAAUUAAUUUUAUACUAACUGUUUGGAAGGUGAUGCCGAUUUUGUUUAUGUUCACACUGUACGAAAUAUGUCCAUGCAUGCAAGUUGUUAAUUUUAAAUCUGAUGGUGAUUCGCUUUUGAUGGUUUGUGGAAUGCGGAAAGAUUACUGCGGGACAGAAGAUGGCAGUCACACAAAUAAUUAAAAAACUUUAC